AUUCCCUUGAUUGCUAUCGACCCUACGCUCAAAUCCAUAAGCCCUGGAGAAGCUCUUUCUCUCGAAUUUCGAAAAAGCACUAUUCAUCCACAACAAAAAGGACAUCAACUUCAUUAAGGCCGAUCAAUAACCCAUCGCAUAUUAAACUCGCAUAAUCAUUCGCUCGGCGCCCUCGAAAAGUACCCCGCCAACACCAAUAGUUUAGAUAACCCAUCGAAACCACAAAUAUUCCCGUCACCAUGGCAGACGUAGAUAUGACAGACGCCCCACCAACUACAGUGAAGAAGGGUGGUGCAAAGAAGGCAGCGGGUGGUGAAGGUUCGGAAGGCAAGAAGCGCUUCGAAGUGAAGAAGGUAUAAAUCCCCUGAAAAUUCACAUCUGCACAGCUCUAACCAAAUGUUUAGUGGAAUGCGGUAGCUUUAUGGGCAUGGGAUAUUGUUGUUGACAAUUGUGCUAUCUGCAGAAAUCAUAUUAUGGAUCUUUGUAAGCUUGAGCGUUUCAAAGGGGAAGUCAAUACUAACCUUCACAAAGGCAUCGAAUGUCAAGCAAACCAAGCCUCUGCCACAAGUGAGGAGUGCACUGUAGCCUGGGGAAUUUGUAACGUUAGUAACCCCUUCCGCUAAUUCUAUCUAAGCUAAUAUUGAACUCUGGAACAGCACGCAUUUCAUUUCCAUUGUAUUUCCCGUUGGUUGAAGACACGCCAAGUUUGCCCGCUUGAUAACAGAGAUUGGGAGUUCCAGAAGUAUGGCCGUUAAGUCUGGGGUUUGGGAAUGCGAUUGGAUUGCAUGGGAUUUGAGGGAAGACGAUGAGGCUACGGUCACGAGCGGAGAAUAAUAUACCAAAAGGAGCGGCAUAAAUAUCAUUUGUGUGGUUCAUCCAAGGAUUCAAUAUGGAGGAACUUGCAGAAUUUCUAGCAGGGUUGGCGUUAUGGACACAGAAGUAGAACGAGAAUUCGGUACAACGUAGCUUUCACUUCAAAGCUCUGGUUUGUGCCAAUAUAUUAUCUGCAUU